AUGUCUCUAUAUGUUUUGAUUCUUUGCUCCAACCUCCUGCUGAUUGUGGUUAUCUGUGUGAACAGAAGCUUACAUGAACCUAUGUACAUGUUUCUGUGCAGCCUGUUUGUAAAUGAACUGUAUGGUAGUACAGGGUUGUUUCCAUUCCUGCUGCUCCAGAUCCUCUCUGAAAUUCACACUGUCUCUGCUUCAUUCUGUUACCUGCAGAUUUUCUGUCUGUACACGUAUGCAAAUGUACAAUUUUAUAACUUAGCCGUCAUGUCUUAUGACAGAUAUCUUGCUAUCUGCUGUCCUCUGCAGUAUAACACACGGAUGACGGCUAAUAAGAUCACCUUUCUUAUUGCUGUAACGUGGUUAUUCCCUCUUCUUGCAAUUGUUGUCAUGAUUUCCCUAAACACCUCCUUACAUCUGUGUGGCAACUUAAUUGACAGACUGUUCUGUGACAACUACUCCGUUGUGAAACUGGCCUGCUCUGACACGACCGUCAAUAACAUCUAUGGACUCAUUUACACUUUCACUAUAAUAGCUGUUCUUCCAACAGUGAUAUUUUACACGUACAUGAAGAUUCUUAAAGUUUGCUUUUCUGGUUCUAAACAGACGAGACAGAAAGCCGCCAGCACCUGCACACCUCACCUGUUGUCUCUGCUCAACUUCUCCUUUGGUUGUAUUUUUGAAGUGGUGCAGAGCAGGUUUGAUAUGAGCCAUAGCCACCAAUUAUAG